UGGAUGGGAUUUCUUAUCCCAACCAUCUUUUAUUUGGAUUACAGAGCAUAAAUCUUUUUGCCCCUCUCUCUCCCACAUCACUGAGACUACACUCAGUCUUUCCUCAUCUCCCCAACCAAAAUAACUUACAAAACCCAAUCUCUGAGCACCAAACCCUACCAUGGACGCUCUUUUCGUGAACCCCUCUCUAUCUCGCCUCAAACUCUCCCCCAAACUCACUCUCUCUUCCCCACUUUCUCUCUCCUCCCAACCCCUCCGUCUUCGAAACCCUCAUCCCCUUAAUCUCUCAAUAGCUCCACUCGAAAAUCAACAACCAUCAUCACCACCGCCUCCAGAAUUUCAAGUCUACGACGAGGGCGAAUCAUACGGCGAAGUCAACAAGAUCAUCGGUAGCAGAGCCCUCCAAGGUGGGACCGGCAUGGAGUACCUCAUCGAGUGGAAGGACAAUCACGCCCCUACGUGGGUCCCAUCCGAUUACAUCGCCAAGGACGUCGUCGCAGAGUACGAUACCCCUUGGUGGACAGCCGCCAAGAAAGCAGACGACGCCGCUCUCAAGCAGCUCAUCGACUCCGUAGACGACGACAGGGACGUCGAUGCCGUCGAUUCCGACGGCCGCACCGCCCUUCUGUUUGUCGCCGGCCUCGGCUCUGAGCCGUGCGUUCGGCUGUUAGCCGAAGCCGGUGCCGACGUCAACCACCGCGACAGCAGCGGCGGCUUAACGGCUCUCCAUAUGGCAGCCGGCUACGUCAAGCCGGGUGUAGCGAAGGUUUUGAUCGAGUACGGCGCGGAUCCAGAGGUUGAGGAUGAGAGAGGACGUACGCCGUUGGAUCUUGCGAGGGAGGUUUUGAGAUCGACGCCCAAGGGGAAUGCAAUGCAAUUUGCUAGAAGAUUAGGGCUCGAGAAUGUCAUUAAGGUAUUGGAGGAGGCAAUAUUCGAGUACGCGGAGGUGCAGGAGAUACUAGAGAAGAGAGGGAAGGGUGAUAAUCUUGAGUAUUUGGUCAUGUGGAAGGACGGUGAAGAUAACGAGUGGGUCAACGCCAGAUUGAUUGGUGAGGACUUGGUGAAUGACUUUGAAGCUGGGUUGGAAUAUGCUGUGGCGGAGUGCAUAGUAGGGAGGAGAGAUGGUGAGGAUGGGAAGAAAGAGUAUUUGGUGAAAUGGUCGGAUAUAGAGGAAGCCACGUGGGAGCCGGAGGAGAAUGUUGAUCCUGAUUUGAUCAAGGAGUUUGAUGAGGUGGGCCAGAGGGAUGGGCUUAGAAAUGACGUGGAGGCCCAAUUAAAGUAGUGGCAAACCAUGAACAUAAUUUGAUUUUGGUUAUGGUUUUGAUCUACCUCUUAUUUUCGACAUGGAGGAUUAUUGUUGUUGUAGAGCUACACUUAAGUAACUUGAAUAGUUAAUCCCUUUUUUUUUUCUAUUGAUUUAUUUGUAAUUUUAAAGUUGUUUUUUCUUAUUCUUGUUUUGUUUAAAAUAUUUUAUGUGAUGAAACUCAUUUUGAAGCUAA